AAAAGGAAUAUAUUAAAAAAUUAUUAAACCGAUUUUGUUUACCAAAAGUUUGGAAGCGGGUCUUUCGGUCAUAGCCCAUUUAAAAAUGUAGUGGGGUAUUGGUUGGUGUAUCGUUAAGGGUUUUAAUAUCAGAGCCCGGAAGGAUUGGCAGCCUAACCUUAGCGUAAAGUUGCCGCAAACGUCGAUCCAUAAAACAAGAGAGAGCGAAGAGAUCAGGCUGAGAUUUUGCGGAGAGAUCAGAUCGAUCGAGAUCGGGAGAAUGGAUCCGGACGCACUGGCGAAGGCGUUUGUCGAGCACUACUACUCCACCUUCGACUCCAAUCGCGCAAAUCUGGCCGGUCUCUACCAGGAAGGCUCCAUGCUGACAUUCGAGGGCCAGAAGAUUCUCGGCUCCGCCAACAUCGUCAGCAAGCUCACCGGCCUCCCCUUCCAGCAGUGCAAGCACAACGUCACCACCGUCGACUGCCAGCCAUCUGUCACUCAAGGCGGCUUCAUCGUCUUCGUCAGCGGCAGCCUCCAACUCGCCGGCGAGCAGCACGCCCUCAAGUUCAGCCAGAUGUUUCACUUGAUGCCAACACCCAAUGGAAGUUUUUACGUGCACAACGACAUAUUCCGCUUGAACUAUGCAUGAAGGCUCUGGAUACUAGUGUCUAUUGGGGUUUGUGUUUCAUUGAUGAUGGAAAUGUCAACAAAAACAAUUGAAGAAAAUUGGCAUGCUUCUGGGUGUCAGAUGAUACUUUGGUUUCGAAUGUGUUUUGUUUGUCUUGGUUACUACUAAUAUUUCAGUUUUGAUUCAAAUCGACUGAUGAAUUUGAUGAUCGCUGUUUAGCCUGUAUCUUACUAUGGCACAGAUAAGAGAUUCAGAGGCUGGUUUUUCUAUUACUUGUUUUUUCCCUUGUUCUUUCUACUUCAUUCUUGAUUCUAUUCCUUG